AUGCCCACUCCCAGCGCCGCUGCGCCGCAGGCCAAGGGCUUCCGCAGGGCUGUCUCGGAGCUGGACUCCAAGCAGGCCGAGGCCAUCAUGUCUCCUCGCUUCGUCGGUCGGCGGCAGAGCCUCAUUGAGGAUGCGCGCAAGGUGCGGGAGAAGGCAGAGGCUGCGGCUGCCUCCUUGGAGUCCAGGGAGGCCCUGGAGGCCACAGCCAUCCAUGAGAAGGAUGGGAAGGCCAUGCUGAACCUGCUCUUCACCCUGCGGGGUGCCAAGCCCCCUGUGUUGUCUCGUGCCGUGAAGGCCUUUGAGAUGUUUGAAGCCCAAAUCUUACACCUGGAGACACGGCCGGCCCAGAGGCCACGGGAGGGGGGCCCCCACCUGGAGUACUUUGUGCGCUGCGAGCUGCCCAGCGCCAACCUGCCUGCCCUGCUCGGCUCCGUGCGCCAGGUGGCGGAGGAUGUGCGCAGCGCCGGGGAGAACAAGCUCCUCUGGUUCCCAAGGAAAGUCUCUGAACUGGACAAGUGUCACCACCUGGUCACCAAGUUUGACCCUGACCUGGACUUGGAUCACCCGGGCUUCUCGGACCAGGCGUACCGCCAGCGCAGGAAGAUGAUCGCCGAGAUAGCCUUCCAGUACAAGCACGGCGACCCUAUUCCCCGAGUGGAGUACACAGCCGAGGAGAACGCCACCUGGAAGGAGGUGUACACCACCCUCAGGGGCCUCUACACUGCCCACGCCUGCCGGGAGCAUCUGGAAGCCUUCGAGCUGCUGGAGCGGCUCAGCGGCUACCGGGAAGACAGCAUCCCGCAGCUGGAGGACGUGUCCCGCUUCCUGAAGGAGCGGACGGGCUUCCAGCUGCGGCCCGUGGCCGGCCUGCUGUCCGCCCGGGACUUCCUGGCCAGCCUAGCCUUCCGUGUCUUCCAGUGUACACAGUACAUCCGCCACGCCUCCUCGCCCAUGCACUCCCCUGAGCCGGACUGCUGCCAUGAACUGCUGGGGCACGUGCCCAUGCUGGCCAACAGGACCUUCGCCCAGUUCUCCCAGGACAUUGGCCUCGCGUCCUUAGGGGCAUCAGAUGAGGAAAUUGAGAAGCUGUCCACGCUAUACUGGUUCACGGUGGAGUUCGGGCUGUGCAAGCAGAAUGGCCAGGUGAAGGCCUACGGUGCCGGGCUGCUGUCCUCCUACGGGGAGCUCCUGCACGCCCUGUCUGCGGAGCCUGAGGUCCGGGCCUUCGACCCUGACGAGGCAGCCGUGCAGCCCUACCAGGACCAGACUUACCAGUCGGUCUACUUCAUGUCCGAGAGUUUCAGCGAUGCCAGGGACAAGUUCAGGGGCUAUGUCUCCCGCAUCCAGCGUCCCUUCUCCGUGAAGUUUGACCCGUACACGCUGGCCAUUGACGUGCUGGACAGUCCCCACGCGAUCCAGCACUCGCUGGAGGGUGUCCAGGAUGAGCUGCAGACCCUCACCCAGGCGCUGAGCGCCAUCAGCUAGGUGCAGUGGGCAUGGCCCUGGGGGCCCCGGUGGGAGGCCCUGGGGUCUCCCUGCCCCGCACAGCUCCCCAGCCCCUGCCCACAGAGGGCUGGGGCCCAGGGUGCCCCAAGAACCGGCCAGAGAGCCACCCUGCCGGAGGGUGCCUGCCACCCCCACUGCUGCUGCUCAACUCUGCCCGCCAGUGUCCGUGCCCUGCUGCGCUGCCCGUGGCCACCAUCACAAUAAAAGAAUC